UAUCACAAGUAUAUUUCGACCAGUUAUCCAACCGCCGUCUGUCUGCACAAAAUGUGAACGGAAAUCCGCUGGGGGGUAACUGUUGUCCUUUGUUGAAUCCGAGGAUAUCAUUUCGGAAGCAAGCCCUUGUAUCCAUCAUCCGUUUUACGAAAUAGCAACGCAUCCAACCUGCUCGUGGUGGCUUUUGCUAUUGACGGCGUCUCUCCACCUUCAGCGCCCAACGAGGACUAUAGCACCGGCAGUGAACUCUCUUUAUCUGAUUUUUCCGUAUUUUACUUCCAACUAGGGAAGUGCUGAAAAUGGCGAUCUCCUUUGGAUCUUUCGAUGGCAUAUGCCAACAAGCGGCGCUCAUCGUUUGUCCUCUUGUGGGGACAGCUCAAGGCAUCGAGCCAACGUGCUAUAGCCGAAACGUUCAAAUCGGACGGACACUAGUGUUUCAACCUGCGGCAUGCUUUGUCCACAUCGUAGCCAUUAUCAUGACCCUCAUUAUGAUCUUCCAUAUCCGAAGUAAAUACACGGCUGUUGGUCGAAAGGAGAUAGUCAUGUUCUUCUAUUUAUAUGCUAUCAUCGAACUCCUUGCCAUGUUCUUGGAUUCUGCCAUUAUACCUACGUCAAGUAACGUUUAUCCAUGGUUUGCCGCAAUAUACACGGGCUUAGUGGCAGGGGCUUACAUGUGCCUUCUAAUCAACGGUUUUGUUGGUUUCCAAUUCGCUGAAGAUGGAACUGCUACUUCUUUAUGGGGCUUACGAACCGCAACACUGGUAGCGUUCGGCGUUACGUUCUUCAUCGCUAUUGCAACAUUCCAAGGUUUUGCUGGCCUUAGCUACAAAAAACCGAUCGCUUUAUGGAUCAUCUACAUCAUAUGGCCGCUUGUAUGCGUUAUCGUCUACGUUGUCUUGCAACUCGUCCUCGUAGUUCGCACACUGGACGACCGAUGGCCAAUAGGUGAUAUCCUGUUUGGUAUCGCCUUCUUCACGGUGGCCCAAGUGAUCUUGUUCGCAUUCAGCAACCUGAUCUGCGAUGCGGUGAAACACUAUAUCGACGGUCUUUUCUUCUUCCAGCUGUGCAUGCUAUUAAGCGUGAUGAUGGUUUACAAAUACUGGGAUUCCAUCACGAAGGAGGACUUGGAGUUCAGCGUUGGGAGUAAAACAUCGGUGUGGGAGGUCAAAGAUCCGCUCUUAUCCGUGGUUCCUCGCGGUGGGGAAUAUGACGAUGAUCAUCAGAGCAAUUAUCAUCCACAACCUAGCCUUGUGGGCGGUGUCAGUGGUGGGCAGCUAUAUCAGGCGCAACCUCACGGCUAUCCUCCGCAGAACUAUUGAUGGUUUUUCUCUCUUGGUUUGUUCCGUCGUGUGAUGAUUUCCUUGGGACAUUUGUACUAGAGCUUUCAGGGAGGGCUGAGAUGGGUUGGGUUGCAAGCGGCUCCGUCCAUCUAUCCCCUUUCAUUAUACCACCAUCUCAAGCCAUGGACCUUGUUCUUUUUUCCCUUCGCCAAACAUUGUAACAUUGCAGUAAUCAAAUAUUUUUUAUUACUUCACCGUAGGAAGGGUAAAGUAAAGUGCUGUGGGUGUUUCUUUUGAUCUUCUAUUUCCCUUCUAUUUGCACUCGGAAUUUAUCCUCCCUGUGCGGCCGGCGAGCGCGUUACCUGGAGUGCGGGAAAAAGCACAGGGACGCGGAAGUUGAUUCCACUGUCUCGGGCUUUUCCUCCAGCAUUCUUUUUUUUCUUCCCUUUUCUCGGACUUUUCUCUUCACUUCGGGAUUAGGUUGGAGAUGGAUGCGCAUGAUG